AUGAACAAUGUGCCAUUUUUUACAGGCCUUAAUAUUGCAGUAAGAAUCACUGUAGCAGAGGAGGGAAUAACUGAACAUCUGGUUGUAAAGAACUGCCCGAAUAUUACAGCAGCGUCUUCAGUUGCCCAGUGUUAUGCGUGUGUCACAAGUGGUUGUACCUGGUCUAAUUCACAAACCUGUUCCUGGCCUAAUGGGAAGUUACAUCAAGCUCAGGCAGAGGAUGUCUGUAAAGACGUCGCCCCUCCUUCGAACUAUUCAGAGCCAGAAGUGCACUCUGUUAUUCCGAGUGUCGUCUCCUUUCACGGCAAAAACGAUGUUAAGAUGUUGGGGAAGAACCUUGAUCACGUAACAAAGAUACGUCUUCAGGGGACAGUGGAAUGCUACUCUGAGGAAUUGCAGGUAUUGGCCCAGACGGCACACAGCCUACGGUUUAACCUUCCCGGCUGGAAGGUUGAUAUGAUGACCGUUUGCGCAUUGUUGCCCGACGGAAGGUGUGUUGGCUCACAGCCAGUCAUGUACAGACCCCUGCCACACUGUACUGCCAUUUCUCCCAGCAACACCUGGGCCAGGUGAGUCUCCUUUGUGACCACAUGGGCCUGCUAUGAGUUCAGAUUGUUGAUAGGCUGAAAACUUCCAGUCAGUCCCUCCUCCACAGAAGUCAGCAAUUUGAUUAGUGGGUUUGAAUGCCAAUACUCACUUUCUGCCAGAAACUCCCAAUGAACUCCCUCAGAUGGAUGGUUUGAACACUCCCCUCAUGCACAGCACACUAACCCACUGAGACAUGGCUGUAUACUGUAUGAAAAUCC